AUGGAGACCGCGCCUCUCGCCAUGAGGAAGAAGAGGAGGAGGAUUUCUUCUACAAAUAGAAGGCCCCAGUACAAUCCGAAGCAAGGGCGGUGCUCAUCCAGCCCCCCGAAAAAAGCGGGAUGUUAUUCGUUUGUUGCAACUGAUAUGAGAGGAUAUGCAGGCGCGGAUUUGAGGGAGAUGGGAGGAAAGCUCACCCUCUUAAACAAAGAGGAUUUGAGAGGAUAG